CUUAACUGAAGUUCAUUGCAAAUACAAGAACUUAGGAUGCCAAGAAGUGUUUCAAAGAACAGGGACCAAAUCUCACUUGGAAUCUCACAUGGAAAGCCACUUGAGCUUAGCUCUUUGCAGCCUUGAGAUCACUCAGAAUCAGGUUAAAGAUCAGUCGAAGCAAAUUGAGAGAUUGACAUCCACUUACAAUGAUCAGUCACAGCAGUUGAGUGACCAGUCAAAGCAGAUAGACAGUUUGAUGACCAAAGAUAUGAAUCAGUCACAAAAAAUUGAGCGAUUGAUGUCCUCUCUGAAUGAUCAGUCACAGCAGAUAGCCAGUUUAACGUCCACUGUGCAGGGUCUGGAGCAGCAGAUAGAAAGACUGAAGGGCCAGGAUCGAUAUCAAGCUAUGCAGGUGAAUAAAAUGACCAACGAAGCCAAGGGCGGGACAAACAAGAAAGGGGCAACUAAUGUCAUGGUUAAAGAGGGUAAUAAUAUGGAGCAAGGCUUCAAGCCUAAAUCAAUCAAUGAUAUUGAAGUAGGUAUGAAGGUAUUGUUUGAGAGUACUUGGUUUGCCGGGAUAUUUCGAGGAACAGUCAAGUACAUCGGACCUCUUUCUGUGUUCAUUGGAAGUAUCCUCAUUUGUAUCCUCAUUUUCAAAAUUCGAUCGGACCGAGUUUAUAACAGCUGCUCAGGACUGAUAACAGCACAAGACAUCAAUUAG